CCUUCAUCACAUCAGCCAAUUUUCCAACUGCCCAAGCUUUACCCGCAAGUUGGCUACUUGAGUGUGAUAACAAAUUGUCAGUAUUUGAGUAUUCCACGGAUGUUUUGGUAAAACAUGUUCUCGAAAAACUUGUUAAGGAUCCAAGUAUUUUUGUGAAUAUUUGUGAUUUAAUCAGAGAGUAUCAUUUUGAGAAUUUGCUGGCCCCUUGUAUCACAGCGCGAAGUUCAUUGAAACAUUUUGAAAAGAAGGAUGGAUUUUUGGAGAUAACUGAUUUUGAAACCAAUGCUAGUAUUGUGAAAAGUACGAAAGAUCAAGAGGAGGAUGAUGAAAAUGCAAUUCCUACCUUGUGGGCAUACUCAGUGAGCGAUGAUUGUUUUGGAUGUGACCAUAGAUGUGUUAUUCAUUGUAAUCAACAAAAUCAUUGUAACUUCCAUUGUACUGCUACUAAUCAUUAG